CCCCGCUACCUCAGGAUGGAUUGCGAUCGAGUGAUCUUCACACGAGAAAAUAUCGAGCUACUCCGAGAUCAGUCAAUUAUUUCAAUCACACGGAGGAACGUGGGUUACCACAAAUUACCAGAGGAUCUUUUGAAUGCAGGUCUGGAACUCGAGAAACUGGAUCUCACCGGUAAUUCGAUCCAUCGACUGAUGGAUCGACACUUGAAGGCGCAAAGUGGUCUCAAGGAAUUGAAGCUUGGAGAAAAUCACCUAGGAAAUAAUUUGAACCCGAUAUUUUCUAGUAAUGAGUUUAGAGAGCUGAAAGAAUUGCGACUGCUUGAUCUUCAUGGGAAUGGACUCAUGAGCAUCGAGGAGGGAAUUUUUAAAGGAUGUCUGGAACUCGAGGAGCUGUAUUUAGAUGAUAAUAACUUGGUGUCUGUACCAGCAAACUCUUUGAAAGGCCCCAGAGCUAUCCGGAUCCUUUCACUGUCGGGGAAUAAUAUUGGGUCUUUAUCAAGAGGUGCUUUUGGAACUCUUGGAGAGUCUCUCAUCCGAAUUGAUUUAAGUCGUAAUGAGCUCUCUCACAUGGAAGACAACGCACUGAUCGGUUUACACAACAUGCUUUUCUUCAAUCUCUCCCGCAACGAUCUCACUCGCUUCAAUAGUGAUGUCUUCAAGGGUGCUUACAACUUGUUGCAGUUGGAUCUGUCUAUGAACUUUCUCCAGAAUUUUCCGAGUGAUGCACUGAGAUAUCUAGAGAGAUUGAAAUUUCUCAAUAUUUCCAAUAACUUAAUCACUGAAAUCGAGAGGAAUCACUUAUCUGGUCUGACAGAGCUGCAAGUCUUGGAUCUGAGCAAGAACAAUAUAGGACGACUUGGAAUGAACACAUUCUCUAAUUUGACCGCUCUCACACGUUUGGAUUUGUCUUUGAAUGCACUCAGAACGAUAGAAGAAUCAGCAUUUGAGCAUCUAGUCAACUUGAAGUGGCUGUCUCUACAGGACAACAACAUUCUUCUGGUCCCGACAUCCGCAAUGGGUCAUCUGCCCUCUUUAACCCAUCUACACGUAGACUUUAAUCGUAUUGCAGCUCUCUCCAACGACCUUCUGCGAUCUGUUGCUCCCACUCUGGUAUCCCUCUCUGUCACUCGUAAUCUGGUCCGGGAGAUUCCCGCACGAAUGUUCCUCAAUUUCGACAAACUCGUCAACAUUGAACUCUCCGGCAAUAUGCUCUCCUCCGUCACUCAACAGACUUUUGCCGGUCGUGAGGAUACUCUCCUGCAUCUCGACCUCUCCAAUAAUAGACUAGUCUCUAUCGCACGCUUAUCAUUACGCAAUCUCCUAUCACUGAAUUUGGCAUCGAAUCAUCUGAAGCAUUUAUCAGCAGAAACCGUAGGAUCAUUACCGAAAUUGAAGCAUCUGAACAUCAGUAAUAAUCCUCUUCAUAGUGCUUUUCCACCUGUCUUUCCCCCUUCCCUCGUCACUUUGGACGCAUCACGAACGGGCCUAAAAAUUCUCCCCCCAAUUCUCCUAGACAAACUCGCUGCUCUAAGCAAAGUCAUCCUCUCGCACAAUCAUCUUCAAGAACUCGGCGAAAGGACCUUCCAACAUCUUUACAACCUCACAACUAUAGAUCUAUCCUACAACGUUAUUGAGCGUAUAGAAAAUUCAGCUUUUGUUGGCCUCGUGAACCUCUAUGAACUUCAUCUGCAAGGUAAUCGUCUAGCAUCAUUUGCAGGGGAGUUCUUUGAUACCGGAACCGGCCUCGAAAUCAUUGAUCUCUCGGACAAUGCGAUUACCUAUAUCUCUCCUACAACCUUCAUAAUUCACCCGAGGCUAAGAGAACUUCGCUUGAGUGGCAAUCGAUUCAACAGGUUCCCCAGUGAAUUCAUUAAGAACCUUCACUUCCUUGAGUCCAUCGACUUAUCAAGGAACUCUUUGAGAAACGUUGGAGAGUUCGCCUUUUCUCAAAUCGGGCGACUUCGAGAAUUGGAUUUAUCAAGAAAUCGAAUUGAGUCUAUCGAUGAAUUGGCAUUCCACAACUCUACGCAACUUCAAGUCAUCAAUUUAUCGGAAAAUGUAUUGGAGAUUAUGAGUGAGAGAACAAUGGAAGGACUCCUGAGAUUGGAUUAUCUGAAUCUCCAAAAUAACAAACUCAAAACUCUUCCAGACACGAUCUUCGAUCCCUCGAGAAUAAAGAGCGUCGAGAGAAUUGAUUUAUCUAGAAAUAGAUUUCACGAGAUUCCAAUCAGAAGCCUUCAACGACAGUCGAACUCAUUGAAUCACUUAAACAUGUCCAAAAACAGAGUGGCUGAAGUUUUUACUCAAGAAGUGAUAAAUACACUGAAAGAUCUGGAUUUGUCCCAUAAUUCGCUAAGUGAGAAUGCUAUCCGAGGAAUCCUGGGUGAAGCUAAGAUCCUUCGAACCUUGAACCUCGCUUACACAGGCGUCAGGAAUGUCACCCGGUUGGAGAUGCCAUUCCUCAAAUCCCUAAAUUUAUCUGGAAACGAAGUUACAGAAAUCAAACCGUCGGUAUUGGAACGAGCAACGUUGCUGGAAAGUUUGGACCUUUCUUACAACAAUAUAGAAGAUUUUACGAAUCUCGCUAUCACUUACAGAACACUCCCCGCUCUCAGACACCUCGAUGUCUCGGGGAACAAAGCGAGAAACCUUAACGAGACGUCGUUCGAUGGGCUUGAACGUCUUCGAUCAUUGAAGAUGUUCUCUCUACUCCAAAUCACGAGGAUCGAGAAAGCCGCCUUUAAGUCGCUCAGUAAACUUCGAAUUUUAUCGGCCUAUGAUUAUCCUCGUCUUGGGUACUUUGACGUCCAGGGAGUCCUCAAGGAUAUGCAAAACCUUGAAACUCUGGACAUUGAAAUCAAGGAUUCGUCAGUUGGGAAUGAUCUCUUAUCCAUUCGUUCGCAUCCUCGUCUGCGAGAAUUAACACUGCGGGGCGAUCGGCUGAAGACCGUACAAUCAAGCGCUCUAGUCGGAGUCAGGUCAUCGCAUUUAAACCUUGCAUUCAAGAACUCUUCUGUUGAUAAUCUUCCAGCCGCAUUAUUUUUCCCGGUGCCCAGGUUGACCCAAGUUAAUUUGGACAUCUCUGGAAGCAAGUUUACAACUAUAUCUCCUGCGUUGCUCAUAGCACUAGAUGAGCGAAGCGGAAUGGUAAAAAUCAAAGGCUUAGAGUCGAACCCCAUCAUUUGCGAUUGUGGGGCUAAGCACUUGUGGAGGUGGUUGCGAAUGUCUAUCGAUGAAUUCAGUGGCAGGUGUUCGGCUCCAGAGCAUUUGGUUGGCAGAUUCUUGAUAGAUUUAACAGAGGAGAUGUUAUCAUGUGAGAGGACGACUUCAACGAAGAUGCAGACGACAGAGACAAGCCCAUCAACAAGGAUUACGCUUUCUUCCGAGCCUGAGAUUAUUUGGACGGUCGCUCCAACGACCGGAGAAACCCGAAAUAAGAAUUAUCCCGAUGUAGGAACCUCGAGUUCCUCGAACACCGAUGAUACCCUAAUCAUUGGAAUUAUUGGUGGGGUUGUUGCGUUUAUUGCCAUUGUCAUCAUCAUCAUCUGUAUCUGCAGGAUAAGGUGGUCCGGCCAAACUAAUGAUGCCAGAAUGGCUGGGAUGGCCUCAAGCAUCCAUGAAGCUGCCAUCAUGAGACCGGCAAGUGUUUACUCCGGAAAGAUGAAUCAUGAAGCAUUCGUUGGUUCGUAUAAUGGAUCCACUUUGGGACAUGGGGGCAAUGGAAGUGUGACGCCGGUGCAGAUGAUGCCAUUUGUGCAGCCAGUGCACGUCAUACAUUCGAUGCAUGGUACUCCUCCACAACCCAUCUAUGGGUAUUACGGAGGUGAUGGUGCUCCUGUUCCUGUGUACAUGUGUACUCCUGAUGACAAAUUCACUCGAUAGUUCAGGACUGAAGGAACAAAGUUUUUUCUAUUACUGUUGCAUUUACUUUUUCAAUUUAAAUCUGUACAUAUACGUAUAAUAGUUUAUUUAUGUAAUGAUUGUUCAGAUUUUAGAUGCGUAUUUAAGAAGAUUUCCAUUUUAUAACUGUGUUGUGUUUCUCCAAUUACCAGACUAGUUUUUCCUACUAUAUGUUUAACCUCUCACGUACGGCAUCGAUCCAUAUAUCGACCCAUAAACUUGUCCUAUCAGCCGGAGUCAGUGCAUGGUAUCGACACUUUCCGUCCACAGUAACAAAUCAGUUUUUUGAAUUCUAAUAGAUAUACUGACAUUUGGAAAAUAUAUUUGGAAAGUCAAUGGAAUGAUCUCUACA